CUUGCGUCGCGUACCAACAGUGGAACCAGUUCAGCUUAGAGCAAGAGGAACUAAGGGCCAUAACUCUUGAAAAGAAGCACGUUGCAUCAUGGAUGAUAUGGAGGUCUACACUAAACGCGUCGAACAGGCGGAAGCCGAGAUCAGGAAGCUGGAACAGGAGAUCAUGCAGCUCCAGAACCCCAUCAGACUAGAAGGAGUUGUUUCCCCUGAAGUAGAGAAGUUGAAGUCGGAGAACGUGAAGCUUCAGUACCAGCUGAAUCAUCUGAGGAAGUAUCUGGUUGAGGAGAAGGCUCGGAGCCCGGAUCACAUGGUCAGCCUGUUCGGAGUCCUGGAGGAGAUAUUUGGUGUGGCCAUCCGUGAUGCUUACCCUGGCCUGGAAAACCCGCCCAUCCUGUUGUCUGCCAGCCAGAAGUUUGCGGACUAUCAGUGUAACAGUGCCAUGGGCAUAGCCAAGAUUCUGUCGAGCCAAGGUGAGAAGGUAAACCCAAGGCAGGUGGCGCAGGCCAUUGUGGACAAGAUGCCGCAGGUGGAUGUUCUGGACAAGCUGGAGAUUGCGGGGCCAGGCUUCAUCAACAUCUACUUGAAGAAGGACUACGUCUCCCGGGAGAUCAGCAAGAUCCUCAACAAGGGGGUCAGGCCACCUGUCAUCAACCACAAGCAGAGGGUUGUAGUGGACUUUUCAUCCCCCAAUAUUGCUAAGGAAAUGCAUGUUGGUCAUCUCAGGUCCACCAUCAUCGGUGAGAGCAUCUGUCGGCUGCUGGAGUGGGUGGGCCAUGAUGUUCUCCGGAUCAACCAUCUGGGGGACUGGGGGACCCAGUUCGGGAUGCUCAUUGCUCACCUGAGGGAGAAGUUCCCCAACUACCUGACCAAGGCCCCUCCAAUAGCAGACUUGCAGGCCUUCUAUAAGGAAUCUAAGAAGCGUUUUGAUGAAGAAGAAGACUUCAAGAAGCGGGCGUACCAGUGUGUGGUGAAGCUGCAGUCAUAUGAGCCUGAACACUACAAGGCCUGGCAGCUGAUCUACAAUAUCUCCAGGAAUGAGUUUCAGAAAGUGUACGAGCGUCUUGAUGUGCACCUAGAGGACCGAGGCGAGUCCUACUACAAUGAAAUGAUGAAAGUCAUUGUGAAGACCUUGGAAGACAGAGAUUUCCUGCAAGAGGACGAGGGACGUAAAGUGAUGUUUGUGCCUGGUCACUCUGUGCCUCUGACCGUGGUCAAGUCUGAUGGAGGAUACACAUACGACACAUCGGACCUGGCCACCAUACACAACCGGCUGAUCACAGAAAAUGGGGACUGGCUCAUCUAUGUUGUGGAUUCAGGGCAGAGUUCCCAUCUGGAGACCAUCUACAGCGCUGCCAAGCAGAUCGGAUGGCUGGACCCCUCCAGGCAUAGGGUGGAACAUGUUGGCUUCGGAGUGGUUCUGGGAGAGGACAAGAAGAAGUUCAAGACUCGGUCGGGGCAGUCAAUAAGACUCGUGGAACUCCUGGACGAGGGGCUGAAACGAGCAGAGGCUAAACUGAAGGAGAAGGAACGAGAAAAGGUUCUGACCCGCGAGGAGCUGAAGAAGGCCCAGGAGGCUGUAGCAUAUGGCUGCAUCAAGUACUCCGAUCUCUCCCACAACCGCACACACGACUAUGUCUUCUCCUUUGACAAGAUGUUGGAUGAUCGAGGUAACACAGCCGCCUACCUACUAUACGCCAACACUCGUAUCAGGUCAAUUGCCCGUCUAGCCAAAGUGUCUACAGAUGAUCUGAAGAAGGCAGCAAAGACCACCCAGAUUGACUUGAGCCAUGAGAAGGAGUGGAAGUUGGCCAAAUGUUUGCUACGCUUCCCCGAGAUCAUCUGUAAAAUCCUGGAUGAUCUUUACCUUCACACCCUGUGCGACUACCUGUACGAGAUCUCCACGACCUUCACGGAGUUCUAUGACAACUGCUACUGCAUCGAGAAGGACAAGCAGACAGGUGAAGUGAAGAAGAUCAACAUGAGUCGUCUCCUGCUGUGUGAAGCCACAACUAACAUCAUCAGCGCCAUCUUCCACAUCCUGGCCAUUAAUCCUCUGGAGAAGAUGUAGAGAGGAUGACCAAGUGGACACCAGUCAUAACUAUGCUGACAUUCUAUCUCAAGUUAUCUCCCCCUAACCCUUACCUCAGAACCUUCAGCAGUCAGUCAGUAAAGUACCAACUUGUGGUCCGGGUUUGAAUCCUGAAUUAUUCAGAGUAUUGCACACUCUAUACUCAAUCUGUCGUUUACCCUAUUGUUAAACAGACUUGCUCAACAAAUAUUUUUUGUUGUAAAUGGAAAUUGCAUUAUUCUUUAGGAAUGUGGUAUCAAAUGUUUUUACAAGCUACCCAGAUUUGUCUUACAGAUUUUGCGCUGUUUUGUUUUUUACAAGUCAAGCAGGUUGAAUCAAUCCAUAUAGAUACCAACUGCAGCAGCCGUUUGACACUGACAAAGUAGACACAAUUUAUGGAUAACAACUUCUUUAAUACUGUAAAAGGCGACGUUUCGGUAUAGAUCCUUAUACCAUUGUCAAGCAAGACUGGAUGACGCUGGAUGAAGACUGUUGGCCUGCUGAAUGUCUGUUAUCUGAACAUCCAGCUAGUGUGGUUCAAUAUGAGUUGAAUCUCAGACAAUGGUGUCAUGUGUUGAUUUGUAUACUUGCAGUAUACUUUCUUGUUAGGAAACAAUUGUGAAUAAACUGCUCUUACAUUAUA